UGUUUUGGUCGUUUAGUUGGCGCUGAGAUCAGACUGCACUGUUUAUCUCAUUGAGACAGUUUCUCGUACAGUGAAUGGAUUCGCCACAAUUAUGCGUAUCUAAUAAAUGUGUUUCAGCAAUAUGAAGUAUGGAAGAAGACGAUGUGACAAUCAGAGAACAGAAUUUCCACAGCCAAGUGCGCGAGUACAUCGUCUGCUUCCUCUUGUUUGCAGUACUGUAUAUUGUGUCAAACUGCAUCAUCACCCGGUACAAGAGGAAAAGCGAUGACCAGGAAGAUGAGGAUGCCAUUGUCAACAGAAUAUCCAUGUACCUGUGUACAUUCACACUGGCAGUUUCUGGAGGGGCCGUCCUCCUCUUGCCAUUCUCUAUUAUCAGUAAUGAGAUCCUACUCUCCCUUCCCAAAAACUACUACAUACAGUGGCUCAAUGAAUCACUCAUCCACGGCCUGUGGAACCUAGUGUCCCUCUUCUCCAAUCUCUGUCUUUUUGUACUGAUGCCUUUUGCCUAUUUCUUCCUGGAGUCUGAGGGCUUCGCAGGUUCAAAAAAGGGCAUUAAGGCUCGAGUGCUGGAGACUUUUGUCAUGCUCUUUCUGUUGGGUCUUCUCAUCCUGGGCAUCGUGUGGGUGGCGUCCGCUCUCAUCGACAAUGAUGACGCCAGCAUGGAGUCCCUUUACGAUUUGUGGGAGUUCUAUCUGCCGUACCUCUACUCAUGCAUCUCUCUGAUGGGUGGCCUGUUGCUGCUCAUGUGUACUCCAGUGGGACUGUCACGCAUGUUCACUGUGAUGGGCCAGUUACUUGUCAAACCCACAAUUUUAGAAGAUCUGGAUGAGCAGAUUUAUUGUAUUCAGCUGCAGGAAGAGGCCCUGCAGCGCAGACUCAAUGGUUCAACAUCCAACUCUUAUAUCCAUGGAAGCUCUCAGCAUCUCUACAAAGAGCUGGACAACAUUCGCAAUCAGAGGAACAAACUCGAAAGGAGAAAGAAGGCCUCAGCCUGGGAGAAGAACCUGCUUUACCCCAUUGUGAUGCUCAUCCUGCUCACUGGAACAGCCAUUUCUGUUCUCCUGGUUGCCCUGAACAUUGUGUACCUGCUUGUUGACGAGACCGCAUUGCCCAAGGGUUCAUCGGAGAGAGAUAUUGGUGCCUCCUUAUCCACAUUUGGAGUUUCCCAGGCGGUUGUUGAAAUCCUUCUCAUUUUUUAUCUAAUGGUCUCAUCUGUGGUUGGCUUCUACAGUCUUCGCAUCUUUCAGGAUCUCACUCCCAUAAAGGAUGACACUACCAUGACAACAAUCAUCGGUUUCUGUGUAUCCAUUCUAGUGCUGAGCUCAGCCUUGCCUGUGAUGUCUCGAACGCUUGGAAUAACAAGAUUUGAUCUCUUGGGAGAUUUCGGGCGAUUUAAUUGGCUUGGAAAUUUCUACAUUGUAGUUUCAUACAAUCUUCUGUUUGCUGUGGUAACCACAUUGUGUCUGGUGCGAAAGUUCACGUCUGCCGUGCGAGAAGAACUUCUGAAAGCCCUUGGUCUGGAUAAAUUGAAUCUGUCAAACAGCACGACAGAUUCAGAAUCUGGAAAACAUGCUGCCAACGGGCAUCAGAAAACUCUGUGAGAAUCACGGUUCACACAUUGACUUUUUGAGUAAAUUAAUAUUUGGACGGAUAGCAUUAAAAGGGAGUGUAGAAUAAUUAAUGUCCAUCAUCUCAUCUCAUGUACAUACCAUUGAAACUCAUUGCUCAAUGCUUUCAUCAGCUACUCCAGUCAAUGGAGUCAAUCUGGGUUUUCAUAAUUGAUUGCAAGUGAAACCGAUUUGAUAUCAUUCGGUCAGUAAUGUUCUAUGUUGCUUUUAUUUCAGUUCUCUGAAAUAUAAUGUCAGUAAACAUUAUUGCACAUUCAAAAGCCUCUUGACUGCUACGUUUAAAAGGAGAUAAAUAUAUACAUUUUGGACAUCUGUUUCUUCCGUUGGAUGCAAUUAGGGUCAAAUAUUUUGUCAAGUUGAAAAACUGAUUUUUGGUUCACUUGCAAUGAGUCAGACAUUAGUCUCAAUACAUUGGGGUGUCACAUUUGCCCCUUGAAGGAAUAGUUUACAGAUAAAAACCAUAUUCUCUAUUUAAUAGUUGUUUUGCUUCCUUUUGAGCAAUAUUAUAUAAAGUUAAAUUGUUACAUGAAACAGGUGUAGGGAAUAAAAGCAGCAGUUUGAAAGUUUUGGGAAACCCAAACACACAUUAUUACAUGUAAUAUUAGCACAUAAAACCCAAGAUUUGUAGAUAUUUAAAAUCUGACGCUGAUCACAGCAGUGAGUCUUACUGAACAUGUAUAUAUUUCAUACAGUUAUUUUAAUGCAAGAUCAAUUGAUUCUUAUGCAAAUGAAGCGCAAUACAAAUUCCAGUAAGUUGAAAAGAAAACUCUAGAAAAAUGUGAUGAACCUGGCAUAUGCAGCAAGAUGUGGCUAUUCACAAUGACAGAUAUUCUAAAGGUUCCGUUGUAUUAAACCAUCUCUGUCAAUUUCUGCUUUGGUUUGGAGAUGUUGAGUGAGUGUUGUUCAAAUAAGCUUGUCAUGCCAUUUAUGUUUACAUGGACUUGUUAAUAUGAUCAGAUGUUGGUCAGUUAUAAAUGAGGAAUUAUUAUUUGCUUCCUCAUGCUUUACUGUGACAGUUUUGUUGGAAAUGACAGAAUUAAGUAAUGGGAAUUUAAAAGGAAACUCCCAAACAUGUGCCUUACUUAAAUAUUGACAUUUUUGGAAAAGUAGUGGGAUGAUAAAACAGCAGGGGAGCCUACCUAACAACAUUUCUCUUUGGACUGCUUCUGUUUUAGUUUGUGGGUAAAGUUCAGAGAUGGACACUAUGGGUUUUAAAUCACUCUUUAAAACUACAAAAAGUAAAAGAGCCGAAAAUUGUUUCUCUUUUGUCACAGUUGUAAAAUGCACCAAAUAGUGGUUGUCAGAAGGUGGGGCACAAUCUUGGGAUUUACUUCCUGUUCCUGUUCUUAAAUCUGCUGCUAUUUCAUACGACCUUUGAUGAUAUACUAUGUAAACUAUGUUGGAAAAUGGUACACAAAUGUAUGUUUUUUUUUCCCUUGUUGGGAGAGCAUUAAACAAAGAACAGGCAUUGUUUAUCUUGGUAAUUGCUGCAAUGCUUAUAUUUCUAUAUAUUUGCCUUAUUUUAUUGAAUCAUCACUGGCAAACAUGUAAAGAAAACAACUUUAAAAUAUCUGGUGUGUAUGGAUGAAACAAAUGGCAGAUUUUUUAUUAUAUUCCUGACCAGUGAUAUUUGUACAAUCGCUCUCAUGCUGUAUUAGCUCAGCCCAUUUAGUCUCGUGAAUUGUAGGUGUAUGUAUAUCAGAGACUAAACUUUAACAUUGUUAAAAUGGCUGUGAAAACAGGACUGGAGAGCCUGAUCAGAUUAUUCCGCAACUCUUCACGUUUGUUGUGCGGUGACGUUAAAUGAAUGUAAAGUUCAAGCUGGGUCAGUCGAUCAUUAGGCAUCUGUAGGAGUCAUUGAAAAUUCAAAAGAAGUUAUGAUGCAGAAAUUAUUACUUUGUUUUACUUAAAAUUUUGUCAAAUAGUUACUGAGCAUACAGUUCAUAUUUUGUUUAGUUUCUAGACAUUCCCAUUUUAAGUACGAAACCCAUAAGAUAAUGAAAAACUGUCUUUGAUUCUGUAAAACUGCAAUCUUGAGUGUUCAAUCUACAUUCUUUGUCCGUUUAACUAGCCUCAUGUUAAUGUAAAUGAUGUAUUUAGUUGUAUAUAUGGUAUAUUUUCUCUUUUUAUUUUUGUAGAAUGUAGAUAUGAAACAGGCUUUCAAGCCUCAUUCAUACUAUGCUAUUUGUGAAAAGGCCAGCCAAUGAGUCACUCAGCAUUUGAUUAUUGUAAAAAAACACCUUUGAUGCCUUAAACAGGCUUUCUUGGCUUUUUCAGUUUGCGUCUCCUUUUGUUUAGUGUUGGGGAGACGUGUAAUGCUUGUGUGUGAUGUGCAAAUGAGUAAAUGAGUGUGAUGUGUACCUUUUUAUUGACUAAUUCACUGUGAAUCCCUCAUGUGAUCGUCAGUAAUAUAGCAUACCAAAAUAACAGUGCAUAUCUUUAACUUCAACUGGCCAAAGGAAAAUAUAUCAGGGCUCUGGAAUAGUAUUGUUUGGGCAGGAAUUAAAAUAAGAAAUAGAUUCACAUGAGGGACACUGAAUUAAAGCCUGUGAAAAGGUUAUUAAAAGUUGACACCUCAGUGGGUUCUGUGGUUUAAAAUGAUGCAUUGUUGUUGGUGUUUUUUUUAUUGUCGUGAAUAUAAAAACGUUACAUGUAAAAUAUGUCUUAUCAUCUUGUUGAUUUGCACAAUACAAUUUUCUAAGAACAUAUUUUGUGAGAAAAGUGUCAUGUCAAUAAAUCUCAUCGAGGAAAACUUUUUAUUUUGUUUUUGAUUAAAUGUUUUAAUUGUGCACUAAUAUCAAUUCCGUCUGCACAAUUCAAGCACUUCAUGUAUGUGGACAAACUUGUGCUUGUUUGUUUGAAGUAAAUGGACUUUUGGAAGGAUUUUGCUUUGCAAAAAAGAUCUGGGGUAUAAUUUGGUGUUAGGUUUCUCAAAAUAGAGACAUUAGCAGUGAUGUAGAAAUAACUGUGAAAGAAACUUAUUCCUCCCAAAUCCUCCCAGAAACCCAUUUUCUGUAAAGAAGAUUGACACUAAACAAUAUUGUAAAGGAUGCUGUGAUAUUUUCAGAUAUCUACAUACCAGAUAUCUGAAAAUAACGUGCUAUAUGUCCAUACAGCGACUGGUCUCCUUUGAGUUAUCUGUAAGAGAAACCUCAGAUCUAAGGGAAAGUCUCUGUUUCUGUUCUUGCCUGUUGCUUCUAUUACAUGUGUGAAUGUAUUUGAAGAAUGUCCUUGUUCUCAUUCGCUGCAUUUCAUUGUUUGUUGUGUUUACAAAGAAAAAUGUUGAGAUUCUCCUACUUUGUUU